CUGCGCUGUUCACCACAGCCCACUUCUUGCCUGAGCAAGAAACUUCCAACAGCGGGGAAGCAGGUCCCCAUCUGUCCAGCCAUGGGAGAGGACGCCGCACAAGCAGAGAAGUUUCAGCACCCAAAUGCUGACAUGCUCCAGGAGAAGCCAUCCAGCCCCAGCCCGAUGCCUUCCUCCACACCGAGCCCCAGCCUGAACCUGGGGUCCACCGAUGAGGCCAUCCGGGACAACUCGCAGGUGAAUGCUGUCACCGUACACACACUCCUGGAUAAGCUAGUCAACAUGCUGGACACCGUGCGGGAGAACCAGCACAACAUGGAGCAGCGACAGAUCAACCUGGAGGGCUCGGUGAAGGGCAUCCAGAACGACCUCACCAAGCUCUCCAAGUACCAGGCCUCCACCAGCAACACGGUGAACAAGCUGCUGGAGAAAUCCCGCAAGGUCAGCGCUCACACGCGCGCCGUCCGGGAGCGCCUGGAGAAGCAGUGUGUGCAGGUGAAGAGGCUGGAGAACAACCACGCCCAGCUCCUCCGACGCAACCACUUCAAAGUGCUCAUCUUCCAGGAAGAAAGCGAGAUCCCUGCCAGCGUGUUUGUGAAGGAGCCGGUUCCUGGCCCUGCAGAAGGCAAGGAGGAGCUCGCGGACGAGAACAAGUCCCUGGAGGACACGCUGCACAACGUGGACCUCUCCUCCGAGGACGAGUUGCCCUGCGAUGAGGAAGCCCUGGAAGACAGCGCGGAGGAGAAGGCCGAGGAAAGCAGGGCGGAGAAAAUAAAGAGGUCCAGCCUGAGGAAAGUGGACAGCCUCAAGAAAGCCUUCUCUCGCCAGAACAUCGAGAAAAAGAUGAACAAGCUGGGGACGAAGAUCGUAUCUGUGGAGAGGAGAGAAAAGAUCAAGAAAUCGCUGACACCCAACCACCAGAAAGCGUCUUCAGGGAAAAGCUCCCCCUUCAAGGUUUCUCCGCUCUCCUUCGGUAGGAAGAAAGUCCGGGAGGGAGAAAGCUCUGCGGAAAACGAGAUGAAGUCUGAAGACCGUGAGGAGGGCUCCCUCACAGAGGGUCUGUCCGAAGCAUCCCUCCCCGGCGGCCUGGCGGAGGCCAGCGCAGAAGCAGAUGCUGAGAGGCCAGCCUUGAAAGGGAGCAGCUCGGGCGGCGUGGGCAGCAACGCCGACCUGGCCAUCGUGGAAGACGAGGAAGAGGAGUCGGUGGGCCUGCAGCAGGCGCGCUAUGAGAGCGGCUACAUGAUCAGCUCCGAGGAGAUGGAAGGAUCCGGGGAGAAACAGGUCCAGCCGGCGGUGCUGCACGUGGACCAGACUGCCUGAAUGCGCAGCCAGAGCCCUGGUCCAGCUGCAGAAGCCAGCACUGGCUCAGGGGCAUCGUCUGCAUCCCCGAAACCACCUCUGCACCUAUCCAUCUCCGCCUGCUCCCC